GUUCCACUGUACGAGAAGUUCGAGCUUUUCCUGCAUGUGUGUGUGUUAUACAACCUCUGUGAACAUUCAGAAAUACAAGAGGUUGGGGUGACCCCGGUCAAUUGUCGCAUUAUUCUGCUGAUAUGUCUGGAAUAUGAGGCAGAUGGCAGUCGGCCCAGAGCCCGCAAGAUCAACCCCUCUCGGGGGAAGUGGGUCACAAAUCUGUGAAUUGUCAGAGAACAAGUUGAAAUCAUCUCAGAAGGAUAAGGUUCGACAGUUUAUGUCCUUCACUGAGGCGGGUGAAAGGACAGCCAUCUAGUGCCUGACACACAAUGACUGGAAAUUAGAACUUGCAACCGACAACUACUUCCGGAAUCCAGAGCCGUACUGCAAAGAAUCCAUGAAAAACUCAGUAGACCGCAAGAAGCUGGAGCAGCUCUACACCAGAUAUAGAGACCCUCAGGAUGAGAAUAAAAUCGGGAUAGAUGGAAUCCAACUGUUCUGCGAUGACCUGCUGCUGGAUCCUGCCAGUAUGAGUAUACUGGUGGUAGCGUGGAAGUUCAGAGCGGCCACACAGUGUGAAUUCAGUAAAAAAGAGUUCCUUGAUGGAAUGGCUGAACUAGGCUGUGACAGUCCAGAAAAACUCAAGGCGACACUUCCUAAACUCGAGCAGGAGCUGAAGGACACGGGGAAGUUCAGAGAUUUCUACCAGUUCACCUUCAAUUUUGCCAAAAACCCUGGACAGAAAGGUUUAGAGUUGGAGAUGGCUGUGGCAUACUGGAAUCUAGUUCUUCAUGGCCGGUUCAAGUUUUUAGAUCUCUGGAACCAAUUUCUGCAAGAGCAUCACAAGAGGUCAAUCCCCAAAGACACAUGGAAUCUGCUUCUGGACUUUGGGAAUAUGAUCGAAGACGACAUGUCAAACUACGACGAAGAAGGUGCUUGGCCUGUUCUCAUAGACGACUUUGUGGAGUUCGCCAGACCCAUUGUGAUGAGCAGCAAAACCAGGAGGACGUAGUGUUCAAGCUCCAGAAAGUGAAAGGACUUUGUGUCUGAUCUGAUCACCUUUUAUACUGAAAGAAUUUUACCAUUCGAAAUGAGCUCAACAGAGACUUCUUUUCAAUAAGCUUGGCCACUGCAGCAUCUCGGCUGUCGCUGCGUAUGAUGCCUUGGACAGAGCUGGACCUGGAGGACCGGCAUUUUGAAACACUGGGCGGUUUAAACGGUUACUGUACUAUUGACAGGCCAAGACUUUUAAAUGCAGAAUUAGAUGUAAUAGGUACAUGGCUGUUUCACUGGCAAGUUUUGCUGUGACCUGAAGCUGCUGCUACGACUUGGUGCAUUGUUCCAAGUCCCCAAGUCUGUGCCUAUGAGAAGAUUUAAUGACUCUAUUGCUGCAGGAAGAAUCGCCGUCUUCCCUUGACUGACCUGGUGUUGCAUGAUCAUCUACUUAAACAAGAUAGAUUUCAAAUAUCCACCCUCACUACUUUCUUGUUAUUUGUGUCGAAUGUGAAGCUUCACAAAGCUUUCUGGUCUGACGGACCUCUUUGAAUCGGUGCAUGAGUUGCCAACUGUUGGCAGUUGUAAAGGAGGCCUGGGAAAAUGACAAAAAUCUCAAAGUCAAAUGUUAUGUUUUUUUUCCACUUGGGUGAUUGCAGAAAAAGCAAGGUAGAAGCACCCGGAACAUUCUGGAGUGGGCGGUUGGCGUCUCUCUCAUAGAUGGGAUGUUAGUUCCAGCCACUUCUCUGUUAAGAAAAAUAAGUCAUUUUUAAGUUGUCACUUUAGUCCACUCUGGCUUGAGAACAUUUCAACUCAAAAAGCAUGGAAAAGCAAAAAACUGUGGUGCUAAGAAGCAAGUAUUUUCUACCUUUUGUGACCUCUUUGAUCAGUGCCACGUUUUAAGUUGUGUGUACAGUAAGGAAUGUUUUGUCUCGUCGUGCCAUGAGCUACCACCUUGGAGGAAACUUGGUGAAUCUCCCUUAUCAGGCAGAUCACGCGGUACUAGCCCAGUGCUUCCGUCACACUUCACGUUGUACUGCAUUGUUUCUCGUCUCUUGUUGAUUUACAAAAUGACGGUGACACUUUGAUUAGACUGUCGAAGACGGCGUGGGAGGGGAUAGAAUGCGACCCAGGUGUGAACAGGCUUGACAACGUGCGACUCAAAGCACUCUACUUAUACAAAAAUGUAUUUCCUUAUAACAAGUACGCACAGAGCACAAGAUGAGUCGUGCGAUAAACAUAGGGCGAAACAAUGCCAGACUUUCUAUAUGCUGUGUUCAAUAGUAUGGAUGUUGUAGGUGUGUAAAGAUGGCUUCCUGUCAUGAAAUGCUUGAAUAUCUUUUAUAAGUAAUAUAGUCAAGUGUCUUUGGGUUAGUUGGCUUCCUUUCCUCUUUGAGGUUUUUUAUGGUGGCUGUUUUGUAUGAAACACAGCACAGACUUUCUGAUCUCACUGGCACCUGAUUCACGAGCCUCACCUCAUCUUUUGGUUGCCUCUUAGUUCUGGUUUGUGUUAACCGCUGUGCACAUUCUGUUGUCAUGCAGUUGUGAUCCCUUUGCCUUUUGAAACUGCACUGAAUUCACUUUGAGCGGAGGUCAAUCUUUCAGGAAGCACUGUAUGUAGCGCCAGUCUGGUCCAGUUUACAUGUACUGAAUCUGUUGAACACUUACACCUUUGUUUUUUUUUUCCUUAAAGAGGAGGGUAAUUGUCUUCUGAUAUUUAGCAUUGCUCCGCUGAACUGUACAUCGUCAUACAGCAUACAAGUACAAGCAACUUCAUCCACAUCAGUAUGCAAAAAAAGCUCCUCCUGAUUCUGCAGUGAAUAGAAUACUAAAGUCUUCACACAGCAAUUGAAAUACAUCCGACUUCUAUGUAGUUUGUCAUGGCAACCGAAUCAUUUUUCAAAUGGUUGCUGUAGUUCAAAGAAAUCUGCUCAAGUGCAAUUUUAUUGUAUUUGCUUGUCAAUGUGUGAUCAAAUCAGCAUCUUCUUCUGUCUUGGCAGGAGGGAUGUUUUUCCACAAAGGUAAGGCUUGCCAAUAAAAGCAUGAGGAUCGACUUGUUGCGCGUCAUCU